AUGGCCUAUGAGACAGAAGAUCAUGAGACUCAAUACUGCUUUCCUGCCAUUAACUCAUCAUGCUUCAAGAAGCUUCACACUUCAACCAACAUGCUCAUUCUCUCUCUGGCUGUGGCCGACCUGCUCGUAGGACUUAUUGUCAUGCCCUUGGAGGCGAUUAGGUUGAUUGAAACAUGUUGGUACUUUGGAGACAUUUUCUGUAGACUGUUUUUAAUAAUCAUGGGGCUGCUUUUCUCAGCAUCUCUAAGUAAUUUAGUUUUAAUAGCUGUUGACCGUUAUGUGGCUGUGUGUCAACCUUUACUGUACCCACAGAAAAUAACAAUGACUAGAACAAUAAUUAUUAUCUGUGUUUCCUGGUUUUUCUCUUCAGUGUAUAACAUUGCAAUUGUUUUUAGUAUCUCACAUAGAAAAUACACAUGUUAUGGAGAAUGUACAAUUAUAACUACUUUCGCCUGGUCAAUCGCUGAUUUGUUCCUGUCUUUCCUGCUUCCUUGUACUGUCAUCAUAACUUUAUAUUUGAGAAACUUCUAUGUCGCACAUCAGCAAGUGAAAGUUAUAAACUCUCUGCUGAGGAGUGGAAAACAUCUAACAGAAGGUUCAAUGAGGAAGAAAUCUGAGAGCAAAGCCGCUCUGACAUUAGGAAUCAUUGUGAUGGUUUAUCUGUUUUGCUGGAUUCCUUUUUUUAUUUUAUCUCUAACACCAAACACUGGAAUGACGUCUGCCACAGCUUAUAUCUUAUUAUGGAUGUUGUAUAUUAAUUCAGGUCUGAAUCCUCUCAUCUAUGCUAUAUUUUACCCCUGGUUUAAAAUCUCAGUUAAACACAUCCUAAAUCUAUCCAAAAUUUUUAAGGCAGCAUAA